UGAUUCUUCAUUAUUGGAAUAUUUGGAUAAUAUGCAAGCGUUGGAUAGAAAAAUCAACGCGCCAUUAGUGAUAACAAUUAUUGAAAAGUAUAAGGCAAGUAUGAAUUCCCAAAAAGAAAUUAUUUUUUGGUAUGUUACUUUUUUUCUUAUUGCUCAUUCAUCAACGCAGGAUGUGGGAACAGUAGUGGAUG